AUGGCGGAUGUCACACUGCAGGAUCAAGUGGGUGAAGUUUCACAUGUACCGCUCUGUGACAUCUGUGGCACCAACGAUGCGAUGCAUCGCUGUCUGGACUGUUCAAAGAAUAUCUGCAAGGGCUGCUUUCAGUGCCACAAGCAAUUCCCAGAUUUACUGGAUCACACUGUGGCCACUUUGGAGGAUAUCAGACAGGGAAAGGUGGUGGCUAAGAAGACCAAACGGGGAGGCCAUUCCGAGUGUGGACAGCACCCGGGCGAGGUCAGGCGAUUCUACUGCCAAAGCUGCGACGAGUUGAUCUGCAGAGAUUGCACGGUGAUCGACCAUCCAAACACUAAAGGACACGACUAUGUUGAUUUGAAAACUGCUUCUACCAAGCUGCGAAAGAUGUUGUCAGGCAAACUUCCAGAAUUAGAUAAAAAGAAAAAGGGGCUUGAAGGCGUGCAUAAAGCUGCUCGGGAAACGAAAGAGAAGCUCAAAACCAAUUCCGAAAGGGCGAGUCUGGUGGUUCAAAAGGGAGCUGCUAAGAUGAUAGAAACCAUCGAGAAGGAGAGAGAUCAAAUUCUAACGGAAGUAAAAAAUAUAACACUAACUCGAAACGAAAAACUUUAUCAAUCGGAAAAAGAUGUCACUACAACAAUUCUGAGGAUAAAGCACUCCCAAGAGAUAAUUCAGGACAUCAUAAGAAACGCAGAAGACAGCGAUUUUCUUGCCCUUUUUCCCGAAAUCAAGCGGGAUUUGCAGGCCCUUAGCAUCCUAGAUAUGCCAUGGGUUAAUGAUGAGCUCUCUGUGUUAAACGUCAGAAGUCGGGAGACUAGUGGUGUCAAGGAUCUCUGGGAACUGCAGCUUGAACCUGAAAGACGGCGAAUGCAAAUAGGCUUAUACUCGUUUCCUGAUGACCUUGAAACUGAUGGUUAG